AUGAACAUGGCCACGACGACAAAACCUCUUCCGACUCUUCCAUCAUCUGUUGACCCUAAGGUUUCAUCAUCAUCAACCACCCACCACAUGGAAAAGGGUUCCUCUCAAGAUGUCAUAUCGUCAUUGUCGUUUGCUUCUUCUUCACCACCACCUAUGGUUGCUUCUCAAAUUGUCAUGACAUUGAAAAAUCGUGAUGAUUCUAAUCCUACCAAGAGUGCUUGUUCCAAUGAAAGUGAUGAUGAUGAUGAUACGAUCAAUGAUUUAAAUCAUUCUGAAUUUAUUGCGAAUCAAUCUUCUGAACUGGAUAUUGCAAGAAGAUCAUUUUCAAAUGGUUUCAAUAGGAUGAUUCCCUCCCAUCCAUCAUCAUUGGACCCAAAAAGCUCAAAAUUGUUGACAUUCGACAGAAAUGGUCAUGAAGCCAAGACUCGAUUUGUCUUAUCGAUCGAUGGUGGUGGUAUUCGAGGAAUAAUUCCAGGUUCUAUCUUGGCUUCUCUUGAAAAAGAAGUCAUUCGUGAAAUUGUCAAACAUUUCGAUCAGUUGGGAGAAAAGCCUCCUGUUCACAAUUUUGCCUUGACCUCUUGCUUUGAUUUAAUAGCAGGUACCAGUACAGGAGGAAUUAUUGCAUUAGGAUCAGGAAUUUCACCCAAUCAUUCAAGAUUUAAUUUCAAAUAUAAUGCAAGUGAUUUGGGUGAUUUGUACACAAACAAUGGUUCUAUCAUUUUCUCCAAAGAAAACAAACACAACAAAUUGAGAGAAUUUUUGACAUCAUCAAGGUACGACCCAAGUGGACUAGAAAGUGUAUUGACACAAUAUUUUGGAACUUACAAAUUGAGUGAUUUAGUCAUUCCCGUUCUUGUUACAAGUUUCGAUCUGAAUCGACAAGAAUUAGUCGUUUUUGACAGUGAAAAAGCAAAACCUCAAGGAGAAUUGACACAAAGACAAUUACCAUCCGAUUAUUAUUUACGUGAUAUUGCAUUGGCAACGUCAGCUGCUCCAACCUUUUUCCCCAUUCGAACGAUUGAAUCAAUCACUGAUCCAAGUGACAAGCAUGAUUACAUUGACGGUGCUGUCACAGCGAACAAUCCUACCAUGCUGGCUUAUUUGAAAGCUAAAAAACUCUAUCCAGGUGACAACAUUUAUGUCAUUUCAUUGGGAUGUGGAUAUGAAAAUAUUGAAAGACCUGUUUUAGAAGGAAAGUUAGAAUGGGCUAAAACCAUUAGUUCUCUAAUGAUUACGGGUGCUUCGAAUUUAACCGAGUCGUUAAUGCAACAAAUGGUUGAAUUGUCACCCAAUGACAAAUAUUGGAGAAUUGAUGUCAAAUUGGAUCAAUGUCAUCUUGAUGUGACUUCGGAAGACUUUUUGAAAAGUUUAAAAAUUAUUGGAACUAGUUUGAGAACCAAUGACGAUCAUGCUUACAAAACCAUUCGAGACACUAUUAUUGAUUUCUAUGCGUCUAAAAAUUUUUAUACUUGUUUUCGACUCAUCGAAGAAGUCGAACAACAAUUAGAGAGUCCAAAACUUCGAAAAAACGGUCAUAUUCGAAUUGAUUUAAGCGACAAGGGACUCACUCCAAUUGCCUUAUGGGAAGUGGUUCAUUAUCUUAAAAAUCAAAUUUCAUUCGAGAGUAUUUAUAAAUUGGACCUCAGUGGACAAGAAAUUACAAUUGAAAUAUUAGAACAAUUAUUGUAUUUGAGAACAGGAGAAGCUCCUUCAAAGCACAAGAAAAAACAUCCUUCUCUUAAAAGGAAAGAAAUGGUGACAAUCGAUGCUAAUAAGCCUUUAGCAAAUGCCCCUCUGAUCAAACGAUUUAUCAUGAGGGAUUGUAAAAUUUCUGGCCAGGUUCUCACAUGGCUCAUUCAUCAGAGUGACAUAUUGUAUGAAUAUUUGGAUCUUGUGGGAUGUGUGAAAUGUAGUGAAUGUGAUUCCGGAUUUUUAGAUUCUCUGUGUGUCAUUGCAGAGAAGGAAGGUGUCACAUUGGAGGGUAAAGCUUGGUGGUUGAUCGCAAACCAUUAUAGAUUUUUUGAAAAAUUUGAGAAGGCAAGAGUUGCAUUUUGGAAAGGAAGCAAAUUGGGAGAUGUCGAUUGCGAAUAUCUGGAAAGUUUGAUGGGUUAUUACAUGGAUGUCAACUUGUCACUUGGGGAACGAAUAGAAAAACUUCAUGAUUUGCUGAAAAAGAGAAAUGAAAGAAUGACUUACAUGAUGGGCGUGGCCAUUGAGAAGAAACAAACAGAAGAAGGAUCCAUGAUUGAAAAAUCUCCCUCUUUACCUAAUUUGGAAAAUGCAAGUAGUGGUUCCUUAAAACGCAAUUCCACUGUCUUGAUUUCAAAUCAUGUCACAACAUCCUUACCUGUUGAAGAAGACCCUCUUCCAAUGGAAUUUGUCAAUUAUGAAAUUGAGAACCAUCAUGCAUUAUGUGUCGAUUGGUAUGUGAGAACGAGUCAAUCGAUCAACACAAAUGAUUCAGCACAACCGUGGAUUCAAAAGUCGAAAACAAGACAACUUUCAUUACUACCUGCAGCGAAUACUCCUCUCAUUGCGAGUUUCAGAAAUAUGAAUUAUGCUUCUUCAUCAUCCUUACAAGAGUUUCAAUUGCUAACCAAAAAGGAAAGAAAGGAACAGAAAAAGCUAGAGAAGCAGUUGGCUAAAGAAAAGAAACGACAGGAAAAGUUGGAACGAAAGAAUUCUUCGUCCACCUCACAACAACAACAGAAAUGA